CCAUAGAGACUGUCCUCGUCUGCCAGGGCGAGCUCAGGGCUUUUAAUGUUUAUAACACCAAAUUACACGCUGUUAGGCUGUUCGCUCCAGACUUCAUAAAAUGUGUUUGUUUACGCUGUGCUCUUGUCCUGUCCUGUCCUCUAGGCAUGACAGUUUUUAGCUGCGGCUAUAAAGAGUAUGAUCUCAGCUUUCCAUAAAGCAUCCUCAUGUGUUUUUGUUUUUUUUUUUUUGUCUAAUUUAAAUAAGGCUCUCGAGUCCUCAGGAGUCACUGGAGGAAUGUGACCUCCGCUCCCCGGGCGGUGCGUCUAUACCCAGCGUGUUCACCCAAAUUAAAAGCAGUCUCAGUGGCUGUGCAGUUUGAUCAGGUGCAGUUCAACUGGCGUGACGACACGUCGCACCAGGGCUGAAGCAUCACACGCUGAAAAGCGGCGUCCGCUCGUGGACGACCGUGCUGUAGGAGAGAGUGUGUGAAGUUGAAAUGCUUGCUGAUGGAUGAGAUGAGAUGCCCAUCACCUUUCUCAGACAGAUUAUUAUCUCUCUCUCUCUCUCGCUUGCUCUGGGGCUGAUUAGCUGAAGCUGUCUCGGGACAUAUUUCAGAUUACAUAAGCGGUCCGUGGAGAAGACGGAGAUAAAGAUUAACAAACCGUUUCAUUCCUGCAUUGUUACAUUAUUCUAUUGCUCUAUUGAUGCGCUUGCCACAGUCACCGCCGGCGUGAACCUGAAACAAGGCUUCAUAACGCAUGUCGCGAUUGCGUUCAUGUUCUAGUUUUUCUCUUUUCACAGGAAUGUAGUGUGUUCAUUUGCUGACUGUUCAUUUCUCCUUAAUUAUGUGUCAUUACACUCCAAACGUGUGUGUGUGUGUGUGUUUGUGGGGGUUGGGAGGUUCCUUCUAAGAAAGCAUUGUGUGUUUAUAAUCCGUCUCUAUAUGGUUUACAACCUGUGGAAAUCGGAAUACCUGAAUGGAAAAGCUUGAAACGUGAAAAAGACGUCUAUAUAAGGAAAUGGAAAAAAAAGUUUCACUCUCGACUGAAGUGGAAAAACUGGUCACAUGGUUGAUUUUUAUUUAUUUUUUUUCCAGCUGAAGUGGGGAGCAUUGGGCUUACCGUGCUGUAUCUAAAUGUAUCUCGACAGAGGAAGAAAUGAAAGGGUUUUUUUCCCCAAUUUGAUUAACAAAAGUAAUAAUAAUCCAUGGAGUAGGAUUGAGCAUUGGUGAAGCUGAAUCAAUGAAUCAAUGAAUGAAUCACUCAGUAAAUGAAGGAAGAUGAAUGAAUGAACCGCUUGGUGAAUGAAGAAAGAUGAGCGGAUGAAUCAGUGAAUCACUCGGUGAACGAAGGAAGAUGAACGAAUGAAUCACUCAGUGAAUGAAGGAAGAUGAAUCAGUGGAUCACUCAGUGAACGAAAGAUGAACAAAUGAAUCAGUCACUCAGUGAACGAAGGAAGAUGAACGAAUGAAUCAAUGAAUUGCUCAGUAAAUGAAGGAAGAUGAAUGAAUGAAUCAGUGAACAAAGGAAGAUGAAUCAAUGAAUUGCUCAGUAAAUGAAGGAAGAUUCAUGAAUUCAUCUUCAAUCAAUGAAUCACUCAGUGAAUGAAGGAAGAUGAAUGAAUAAACCAAUGAAUCACUCAGUGAAUGAAGGAAGAUGAAUGAAUAAACCAAUGAAUCACUCAGUGAAUGCAGGAAGAUGAACGAAUGAACCAAUCGUUGAAUUACUCGGACGCGCCUCGUCGAAAGCUGCAGCCUGAAGCUGGUGGAAGAGACGUUUCUGAUGCAUGUGGAUGGAACGAAGCUCUGACUGAAGGCCAAACCAAUUCUUCUGGACGGCCGGUGAAGCAUCUCCGGCUUUCUUGUCACACGUGGGUAUUUUUAGCCAAGGGGAAGAGCGUUGGAGUGGGUGGCACUUCCUCUCUGCGCCCUACACCUCCCCAAUAUCAAACCAUCAGAAAGCACUCAGUAAUCAGAAAUCACUCCACACCAGCAUCAGACUCGGACAGGAGGCGUGGCCUGAAGCUUUAAAAGCUCAACUUGGACGUUAGAGAAGAAAUUAAGGAUUUGGAUGAGAGUAUAUCUGCAGUGUGUAUUGGAGGAGAGUGUGAUGAAACUAAUAGCUGUAAAUUCCCCAGUGCAGAGAGAGAGAGAGAGAGAGAGGAAAAAAACAGACAUUAGAUAUGUCUCGGGUGUGCUACUGAAUUUUCUAUAAAGGGAAAAUUCCAUUGUACACAUUGCGGGUUGUUUUUUUGUUUUUUUUAUGACUUUAAUUAUCUUUCAAUGAAACAUUACAAUUCAUUCUCACACUCUGAAUAAUGUCUGGAGAAGCUCUCAAAUAUUUAUCAGACUGAAGGACAAAAGGACAAAGCACAGAGACACAAAGAAGGAGAGCGAGAGCGAGAGUGAGGGGGCAAAAUGAAGGGAUGAAGGGAAAAGUUGUGCCAGGAUUGUGCUCCUUUGGCACGUCGGCGAGGUGGAGUCUGUCUCUCUCUCCUCUCUGUCUCUCUCUCCUCUCUCUCUCUCUCUCUCUCUCUCUCUCUCUCUCUCUCUCCCCAGCUGCGUCCGUCUGUCAGCCCCCUCCUUCCCUUUUUCUCUCCGCCUCGUCUGCUCAGAUGCAGCGUGAGGAGAGCAGAGCGAGGGAGCAGGAAAGCGUUACUCUUGCACCGCCAGACAACUCGGACAGGAUUCUUUUCACACACUCGCUCUACCCCUCCUCUUUCUGUCGUUUUCCCCUCCUCCCCUCUCUCACUCGACCCAGGGGUUUUGUUCUCCGGGCCGGGGCAACUUUUCUUCACACGGUGCGCGGGUGUGAGCGCGAGCGCAGGUCCUCGGAGCAUGCGAGAGACGAGACCGGAGGAGAGGAGGAGUGCACGCGUGCGAUGAAAGGAUGGCUGUGCAGCUUCUCUUCUGAGCGGCUGAGCUUCCACGCAGUGAUCUAGGACUCACACGCCGAAAGUUUGCUCUCGCCGUGCGUGCGUACGGGAAUUCAGCCAUGCCCGCCGAAGUCAAGCAGGAGCAGAGUCCCAGCAACCAGACGUCCCUGGCCAUGAUGCAGGAGCCGCAGGAGGUGGUGGAGGAGACGGUCACUAUAGAGGAGGACCCCGGCACGCCCACUUCACACGUCUCCGUGGUGACGUCAGACGAUGGAACCACACGCCGCACAGAGACCAAGGUGACCAAGAUGGUGAAGACUGUAACGACCCGCACCGUGCGUCAGGUCCCGCUGGGUCCGGACGGUCUGCCGAUUGCUGACGGCUCAUCACCACUGGGAAGCUACACAGACUCCAUCGACCGUCGCUUCAUGAAGAACGGCGAGCGCUUCGUCACGCCUCAGGCCACGUCCACGCUCACACGCUCCUACAACCACAGCAACUAUGGCGACUCGUACUACAGCCCUCACGACGCCUACGGGGACGUUUGCGACAACUACGGCAGCCUCUCCCGUGGCCUCAACUACCGCCCGUAUCGGCCCUACGGCUACCGCAUGGAGAACAGCUACACCCUGCCCAUUCGUAGGGACGACUACGGGCACAUGGCACAGCCGCAAGUACCGGUGGGAGGCAGCAGCACUAUGGACCUCAAUCGCUCAGCACCGGAGCGCUUUCAACCCGAGCCGUACGGACUGGAGGACGACCGGCGCAGCCUCGGCCCAGACGACGAAGAGCCGUAUGAGUUGGAGCCUGACUACUCCACCGCCAACCGCCGCACACUGCCCAGCGCUGCACGUGCCAUGAGAGACCCGCUGCGCAAUGGUCCUCGCGUCAGAGGCUAUGAUGACCCCAUUGAGACUGAGCUAAUUGACGAGCGACACCGCUAUGCUCCUGGCAUAUACCCCGCCCCACUCGCACAGCCUGAGCGGGGCAGCACGGCCAGCCUGGACGGUGGCCUCGACGUUGGCCUCGCGCGUCAGGACCCACGCUGCUGGCGCGACCCGGACCUCCCCGAGGUCAUUGCUAUGCUGGGCCACCCGCUCGAUCCGGUCAAGGCCAACGCCGCCGCCUACCUGCAGCACCUGUGCUAUGAGAACGACGUCGUGAAGAAGGCAGUGCGACAGCUGAACGGCAUCCCGGCUCUAGUGGCCCUGCUCGAGCAUCCCAAGGGUGAAGUGCAGCGCAAGGCGUGUGGAGCUCUGCGUAACCUCUCCUUCGGCAAGGACAACGAAAACAAGGCGGCCAUUAGGUGCUGCGAUGGCAUCCCCGCUCUCGUUCGCCUGCUCAGGAAAAGCGGCGACGCUGAGGUCCGCGAGCUCGUCACAGGGACGUUGUGGAAUUUGUCCUCGUACGAGCCGCUGAAGAUGGUGAUCAUAAACCACGCGCUGCAGACCAUGACCAACGAGGUGAUCAUCCCGCACUCGGGCUGGGAGGCGGAGCCCAACGAGGACUCGAAGCCCCGGGACGCCCAGUGGACCACCAUCUUCAAGAACACAUCCGGAUGCCUGCGGAACGUGAGCUCGGACGGAGCGGAGGCACGCAGGAGGCUGCGGGAGUGCGACGGCCUGGUGGACGCCCUGCUCCACGCUCUACUGUCAGCCGUGGGGAAGAAAGACAUGGACAACAAGUCUGUGGAGAACUGCGUGUGCAUCAUGAGGAACCUUUCCUACCACGUCCACAAAGAAGUCCCGGGAGCAGAGAAGUACCAGGACCCGUCCUCUCUUCAGGCUCCGGGCUCCACGGGGACUCACAGGAAGAAGAAGGACGACGCUGGCUGCUUCGGUGGCAAGAAAGCUAAAGGGAGGAGGAACGGUGACGGUGACAAGAACUACGACACGAUGGACCUCCCGAAGCGCACAGAGCCCACUAAAGGGUUCGAGUUGCUCUACCAGCCCGAGGUGGUGCGUCUCUAUCUGUCCCUGCUGACCGAGAGUCAGAACUACAACACCUUGGAGGCGGCGGCAGGGGCCUUACAGAACCUCAGCGCUGGACAGUGGACCUGGUCCAACUACAUCCGGGCGACGGUGCGUAAGGAGAAAGGCCUGCCGAUCCUGGUGGAGCUGCUUCGCUCCGACUCGGAUAAGGUGGUGCGCGCCAUCGCCAUCGCCCUGCGCAACCUCUCCAUCGACCGACGCAACAAGGACCUUAUAGGGAGCUACGCGAUGAGGGACUUGGUGAGUAACCUGCCGAGUGGGCAGCAGCGUCCCGCCAAGAACCUGGAAGAGGACACGGUGGUGGCGGUGCUCAACACCAUCCACGAGAUUGUGACGGACAGCUCGGAGAACGCUCGCUCGCUCAUCAUGGCUCAGGCCAUCGAUAAACUGGUGGCCAUCCACAGGACCAGCCAGUCAGCCAGAGAGACCAAGGCCGCGUCUCACAUCCUGCAGACGGUGUGGAGCUACAAAGAGCUGAGGAACACGCUGACCAAGGACGGCUGGAACAAAACUCAUUUCCAGCCCGCCGCGACCGCGGCUCCGAAAGGCUCAAAGAGCAGCAAGUCAGGAUACGAUGACACCACCCUCCCCCUGAUGGAGAAGAGCCAAGGCGACAGAGGCUGUGGCACUGGUGCUAUGAUACCUAUGGAUGAACUGGGUCCAGACGGUUACUCCACCAUUGACCAAAGGGACAAAGACUGCAAAUAUAAAACCAGCGACGCCUCGUCCGAUCUGACCGAGCGAGAGCCUCUGAAGAACGACACGAAUAGGAAGCACUAUAUCCGGAGCAACAGGCCGACUGUGAGUCUUGUGGACGCUUGCGACGUCAAGCCUCAGCCUGUUGACUCCUGGGUGUAAAUGCAUGCAUGGCUUAGCCAGCGUCAGCGCUACAUCACAACCAGUCAAAGGAUCUCACAAGACACGAGUCACCACUGCCAUUUUCUCCACGAUUCGCCGACGUGGACUCAUCAGCAAAGAGACACAAACAAACAAACAAACAAAAA